AUGCGUCCUAUUCUUUCCGCCGCUCUUUUUAUAGCUGCCUGCAAUGGCUAUUUCCUUGGACCCGUGUUUAAUACACUGCGUCCAGGCCGUCACGAGCAGCCUCGCAUAGCUGUGAGCCCCUUGGAACUUGAGCAAUUCGCGAGGACAGAAAAGCGUGCCGACUCGGUGGGGAAGAAACUUACCAGGAUCCCACCGGAAGACUUGGAGGAGACAGGAAAGAUUUUAGCAAAGGCUCUGAAAAAUGACCCUCAAGUAAAGAAAUACCUUGCCCUUCUUGAGCCACUAAUCGCCGCCGCGUCCAAGACUACAAAAUGCUAUGAAAACUACAAGAAUAGCAUCGAUGCCGUCAUCAAAGUUUGCAAUGACAAAUACGCGAAAGUAGUAGACCUGAAAAAUCGAAUCCUGUCGCUAGCUUCGAUGCCUGGUUUUCGAACCUCAUUGCUCUUCUGGCAGAAAUUACCAAAUGUGACCCAUUCCCGCGAGAGCCUCCAAGGCGACGCAACCAAGGCUAGGGACUUUAUUGAUGCUAUUAGUGGCGUUAAUAAAGUCUUGGACGAAGCGAAUAAAUGGAAACCCAUCGCAGAGCAACUACACCGCUAUCAUGAGCACCUGAAGAGCCUUAGAAAAGCUAUAUCCGAUGCUGAAGAUUGCUACGAGGCGUUUAUCACCAAAAAUGAAACAGAGAGACUUGAAUCUCCGGAAGCCACCUCGGAGGUUUUGAAGCCCUGCGCCGACCAAUAUGCAAUAGUCAAGGACAGACGCCAUGAGCUUGAGGAAUUCCAAAACGGCACGUUGAAGGUCUCUGGCGGGAAAGCCUUCGCAGACCUCGAGCUGGCCAACCUGCCGGCAUUGGAGGAGAAAACCGCAGCACUGGAAACGGACAGGGCUAGAACGGCCGAGUUGGUAUGGGAGGGCUCGGACGAGGUGCGGCAGCUCAAUGCGACCAUCUUUGACGAGAUCAAUCUGGCCUUCAAUAACCUGACUGUUGAGACGGUACGCAACUUGCAAAAAUAUGUGUUACUUUCUGAGACCAAAGCUGGCAAGCCGGCCGAGUCUGCUAUCGAAGAUGCAAAGAAGUGGUCGGAACAGUUUUUGGCCGAGCUAUCAGCCAUGCCUGAUGCGAAGCUUGAUGAGAUUGUCAGCGAUGCACUGUCUAUCGCGAUAACCGCGGACGUAGUUGACAAGUUGCUAGAUCCUUUGGUUCAAGUAUCUACAUGGCUUCUCGACCGUGUCCAUAAAUAG